AUGACAAAUGUACUAUUGGAUAUGGCUCUACUGAGAGAUUUAAUCGGGGAAUCCGUAGAAUUAACAGCUACAGUUCAAAUCGCCAUUUGUGGUCUAUCAAAGUCUUAA